AUGGCUAAUGUAGUAAAAAAAAGACCCUUACCUGCGCGUAUCCUGAAUAAUGCAGAAAACGGUUGUACAAUUAAAAAAAAUAACUCAAAUAGUUCUGGUUCUAUCCUUCCCUCAGGUAGUUCCAACAGCAAGCAUGGGAGCAAGUCUUUUAGCAUCUCUAGCUCCGACAAAGUGGGGGGAACCGAGGUACCAAAGCCUUACCUGCCAGGGUCGACCAAACUUUAUACCCCAACUACCCGUAACGUUAGUGGUGGCACGCCUUUGGGUAGAACUAGUACCACAUUGAAACGGCGUAAGCGCAAGAAGCGGCACACAACAGCAAAUUUAGAAGAUCCUGCGCGCAUUGCGGCACUGAAAGUAAUUCGUACCCUCUUUUUGCCUCUAGUCUUAAAAAAAGUCUUAGGUCGAAGACGAAUCAAGGCCUGGAAAGGGUCUUACCCGCCUCGUAAUCACACGACAGAUUCUGUCGUCUCCGCCUUAAGCUCGUCAAAUGAGACUUUGCUCCCGUUACCCCCAGAGAUGAUUCAUCUGCUAGCUCAGGAGGCUACGUUCUUCUAUCUGCUGCCAAAGGAACCGAUCGUGUACUUUAACGAAUCCCAUCUCUCGUGUGGGAUCGUCGUGCUUCUUCACGGACAGUUGGUGGAGCGGCGGCCGGAUAGCGGCGGCCCGGGCGGCAAGCCACAAGAAUGGACUGCCGCAAGGCGGCUUAGUUCCCCUGAGUACGUGCGCACACGUUACGCGCCGGAGGUUUUAUGCACGGUUCCCGUUCUCUGUGAAGACCGCUCGUGCUCUAGUUUUGCAUGUGGCCCUAGUGAAACCGCAGAUGUGGCUGUUAUCUCAUCUCGUUGGUUUUGGAAAGUCUUCGCGCACUUCGCAGUGGGGUCACCACAGUCGGAGAUGCUCCUGAAGGCUUUUCGCGAGCGCGUCAUUCCGAUUCGAACAGAAAUCCUCCUCAUGAGCUAUUAUCCCAGCCCGGUGCUUCUUCGGCGAUCCUGGAUAGGGCUCCACUUGAGCAAGAAGGAUCGACUGAAGCUCUGCUCUGAGAUGAGGGUGAUGGUGCUCGGUGUUGGCGACGUGCUCUUUAACGCAGGGGAUAGCUGUCGAUAUAUUUAUUUUCUGCGAAGGGGUACCUUGACGAUAGUAGUAAAAGAGAAGCCGUUAGCCAACUUUGGCCCUGGCGCAGCCUUUGGCGAGGCGAGUGCGCUUUUCGGGGAUCCAUGGAACUGCACGGCGAUCGCCAACUCCGUGUGUGAGCUGUACGCGGUUUCACUCCAGGUUUUAAACCAGCUUCUUGAGCAAACCCCCACGCUUGCCAAGGACCUCUUCGAGCGGGCUUUUGAACGUCGCAAGCAGUGGAUGGAGGAGGGCCGCGAGCGGGGUCUUUUCGGGUUAAUUCACCUCCUGGGAGGGGUUCCCUGCCUAAGCCACACCACCGAAGCGAUGCGUCGGGAGAUUGCGCGACGGGCGGUGAUCGUUUCGGUGCCCUCCGGCCACAAACUUGCGCAACGAAACACCCCUUGUGAAUGCCUUUACGUCAUUGCCAGGGGGUUCACGCGCGUGGUGAGGUUUUUGGAUUCGGAUCCCCAGCACCAGGCGCCGGUGCCGGCCGUCGAUGAGGUCCGUGGCGUGGGGGACUUUUUAGGGGAGCUCUGCUUGCGGCCGCAUUGCUGGCCGACGGACGUCUUCUGUGAAACCUCGGUGGAUGUUUGGGUGUUCCGACGCGAGGCGAUUCUCGAGAUUCUUUCCGCGGCGAGGGCCGACGCGCAGGCAGGGGUGGUGUGCCGCCAGGGCAUUGACCUCUACCGGGCGCAGUUUGGCGAGCAAAGCAUACUGGAAGUGUAUGACGGCAUCCCGGAUACCACGGAUACUCCUCUACGGCGGCGAACACGCUCGAGUCUUUCUCUUCCCUCGAGCGAGAUCCGUAGUUCGAGCGCGCGGAAACGCCCCCACACGACUUCCCUGCGUACCCUUGUUAAUCAGACACGAGAAAGUCUGGAGGAGUUUGAUUGGGUGGAUUACGCGCGACGGAGACGCCAGAGGGCUAUCGCCGACGCGGAACUCACAGCAAGUGAAGAAACCUAUGCACAUCGCAGCGGAGAUCAAUCAUGGAUGUCCGCCGUGGAGAAAGCCAUGGGUCCUAAGGCAUGCUCGCUCAUUUCGGUGCCGCCCGAUUUGGCUCCAAACCCCGUGGACUGCGACUUUCCUGGUGAAUUGGAUGAGCUUCAGACCGUUGUAGUUGAGCAGCUUUUGCUGUCUCCGUCUGAAGACCACGAGCGCUUUCUUCGUCAACUCAAUGAGAGCAGCGUCAUGCUUGUGACAGCGACGGUCUCAUCAGACAAUGUGUUCAGAGCUUCUAGCGUCAUUGAAGAUUCGUUAAGUGUGGGAAAAGAAGGCAUUCUUCUUCCCGAGGACGAGUUCUUACAUGAGGUGGUGGGCCCCACUGGUGAUGCUUAUCUUUUUGGCAUCGAAAAUCUGAAGGAGCCGGAACAUCUUGACUCAAGUAAAGCUUCUAUGGAUGAGGUGGAUUCUGCAAACAAUCGAUCGCUUCCUUUUAAUCCAGACUUGUACACUCCUAUAUGCUACAAUAAUUCCGAGAGCAGUGGGAAUGACAGCCUUUUGAACCAGCCGCAACAGUCCUCAGUGUUGGAGGAAAGAAAGUCCUCACUAGUCUCAGCACUUCACCCACUGAACAUGUCUGUUAGCCGCAGUCGUCACGCACGUUCGCAGUCUGCUCUGCUCAUGUCAUCCUUGAAGGGUGCUCUCGGCAUUUCGAUCGAUAAGGCCCUUUCAACCCUCGGUCGCGUCCAAAGCAGUAGCAUCGUAGGGAGCGAUCUCGCCACCCCUGGUCAUGGGGCUCGAAGCUCCUCCGAUGCACGGUUGGGAAGUGCCAUGACGAUUCUGAAGUCCUCUAACGUGGAUUACGCCCAAUACACCAAGCAUAGUACCGAAAAAUCAAGUUCUAUUCUUGACCGUUUAGUAAAAAUCAAGGAUCAGAACUACUUUAGCACCUUUGUAAAAGUGAUGCCGAUAUCCCAGGAUGAUUUCUGGUUACCUGGAGAAUCGGACGACUCCGUUAGUCAGGACCUCGAUCAGAUUCCCUUCGUCCUUGUGCUCAUGCAAGUCAUUGAAUGCAAUCAUCUCGAUCCCACGAUUACUAGUUCGUGCGCGGAGCCGUUUGUGAAGGUUAGUGUGGGCGAGCGGGUGCUACUGCGCACGACCUCGUUCAAGGAUCUUGUUCACCCGACCUGGCCUGUUGAGACGUCUACCUUUAUCUCCCUCCUGAAGCGAAAGUCGGUCAUCCGCUUCGAGAUCUGCGAUCGUCAGGAGGAGAGCCGUGUGUUGUACGCCUGCUCGUUCGCGAUGGAGUCCACUCAUGAGCGAGGAGGGGUGGGGAAGUGUGGGAUGCGGUUAACCUCCCCGUCUUCUUCCCCCGUGGAGGCCUCCGACGGCCACGCGGAUCCCCGCAUGACGGUGGCCAUGAUCGUCAUCACGACCGCCAACUACGCCGCGUUGGAGGAGCAUUGCCGCGGGGAGGUGGAUACCCCCAUUCAGGAGAGGCCCUCCGGCGCGACCUCGCUUCUUCUAGUCGGGGUGCGUGGCCUCAAGCAUCGCGUUUCGGCUUCCAUCCACGCCACCCUCCGCCAGGAUGGUACCCUUGUGGAGUUCCUGAAAACGCCCAUGAAUGAGCCCAAAACGCGCGCGCCCUCCUGGCGCCCUCAGGAGGCCUUUGUUACCAUCCAACCCAACGGCGUGAUCAGGUUUGAUCUCCUCCACAAAACCACCUCGAUCGCAUCGUGUGAGCUGACCGCGGAGGAGUUGGUCUUUGGGGGCGUCGGCCUACGCCAUCUCUCGCUCCUCGCGGCGCGGGAAAAGGGUAAGGUGAUGGGCGAGCUCCUCGUGUACGUUCUCAGCACUUUCCUCCCCACACCGGUUGAGAGCCGGAUCCCAGAAAAGGUCUUGUUUUUGUAUGUCGAGAAGGUGUCGAUUAGCAAGGCGAAAAUGGCCUCCUCCACGACACGGAAAAUGAGUUGGGGGUUUAAUGUCGAGCCGGAUCCAUUUGUGGUGAUUCGGAACGCCGAUGGUAAAGUGGUGCUCCGUACACCCUUGGUCUGUGCAUCUUGCGAGGCUUCCUGGAGCGCCGAGGAUGCGUCGUGUUUCUUGCCCUUCCCCGACCUCUCGGGAUCCAAGGCGCUUUAUCGGCUGGAGCUUUACGAUAAUGAGGAGGUCAAGGCGCAGCUGAUCGACCAGGCCGUCUUCGCGGUUGGCCGCGACGGGUUGAGUACGAACGGCUUGUUCGACAUCGCUCUUCGUGGCAUGCGCGCGGCUGUGCGGCUCCACGCCUUUGUGCUGCCAGCGGAAGGGCGUCUUCUGAACCGCCCACGCGCGGGGAGCCCGCGGGCGGUGCAUUUUAGCCAAGACGAACUCCUAGUGCUGCUCCACGUAGUUCGCUUUCACGACGACGCGACGCUCGCGGCCUCUGCGGGAACGACCGCGGCCUGGGCAAAAGCCUUAUGGAGGAGGCUACAGCCCGACGUGGUGGUGCGGCUGAAAGUUCAUGGCCGGGAGUUUCUACGGACGCCGCACGGAAGCUUCCGCGAGCGGUGGCCGAUUCACGACGCCGGCGUCGUUCUACGUCUUGAUGCGAGGGUUAUUCCCUCCGAUAGCAUGGCAGUCUUUGAAGUUUUUGAAGGUAUCGUUAACGAGGCUGACAAAGUAGGGGAGGUUCAGCUACCGUUGCGUGAAUUAUGUACGAGCGGGAACCGGCUCCUUAGCGUGUUUUCCAGCCGCCCUGAAAUGGUUUAUCUAUCAACACACUGCAUAGGAAAGCUAGAGCUCAAGCUUUUCUGCGGUAUUUUAGGAUCGCAGGUGUUCACUCACGACCCUGCCUUCCAGCGUCUGGUAUCGUUUCAAAACCAAAAAUACAGUACCGCUGACAAGGCCGAAGCGGACGAUUUAGUAUCUACAAUAGUAAAUAAAGGGAAUUCGAGACCGUAUCGGUUCAUGAACACACACGUGCGCUUGCGAUUGAUUAGCCUGUCCAACUUUCCUGUUGAAACUGACUGCGCUGAUGAGCAUAUGCAACUCGUGGUUAAGAUGACUUUAGGGGAUCAAGAAAAGAGGUUGUUACUACACACUCAAGCCGUCCCGAUCCUAGCCGAAUCCAUUAACAAGGAACAUAAUGGGCUAAGUGCGGUUUGGGAGGUGGAUGACGAGACCAUUGUUGAAAUCGACAUCGGACGGCUCCAAUCGCGUGCGAUUCUAGUGUAUGCCGAGUGUGAUGCGUGCAGUGAUCCCUCAAAAUCCAAAAGCUCUCCUGUGGCCGAAGAAAAAGUCAAUGCUGUUUCCGAUAAAAAUCCUUUCCGCCGUGUGCUUUGUGGUAGUAUUCCGUCGACGACAUUAGCAAGCGCAACGAUUGAUCGCAUUCAGGUCGAUACUGUGGAGCUGAUUGACACGCUGCAUCUCCCUGACACACCUCUUAGCCUUAUAACGGACCAAAAGAGUAAGAUUUCUGAAAAAUUAGAAACUCGAGGGAAUUCCAAACCAUACCUUUCCUUUUCCUUUAUUGCGGUAGGACCACCGUUAGGUAGCGAUUCCACUAGUGAACCUUCCUCGAGUGGCAUUUUUAUAUAUGCCUAA